AUGUCACUUAGAAGAGUAAAGACUAAGAGUGGUAAAUUUCUGGAGGAGGUCCAAACGGUGACUGAAGGGUUGAAGACUUUAUACCGUAAGAAGUUGUUGCCUCUGGAGAAGUACUAUGGCUUCUCUGACUUCCACUCACCCAGCCUGGAAGACGCUGACUUUGACAACAAGCCCAUGAUAUUAGUGAUGGGUCAGUACUCUACAGGGAAGACCACGUUCAUCAGGUAUCUCCUGGAGCAAGAUUUCCCUGGUGGUCGUGUUGGUCCAGAACCCACAACAGACAGUUUCACGGCGAUCAUGCACGGGGAUACGGAGGGCAUCAUUCCAGGAAAUGCCCUUGUUGUAGACCCAAAUAAACCUUUCCGUAAACUCAACCCCUUUGGAACCGCCUUCCUUAACAGAUUCCAGUGCGCUCUUCUACCAAACCAGGUCCUGGAGAGUAUCAGCAUCAUUGACACCCCUGGGAUUUUAUCAGGAGUCAAGAGACGACAAAGUCGAGGGUAUGAUUUUCCAGCAGUCCUCCGCUGGUUUGCGGAACAUGUGGAUCGAAUCAUACUCUUAUGCGACGCCCAUAAGCUGGAACUGUCGGAUGAAUUCUCACGCACCAUCACUGCUCUGCGUGGCAACGAGGACAAACUCCGCGUCGUGCUUAACAAGGCUGACAUGGUUGACUCUCAGCAGCUGAUGCGUGUUUAUGGCGCCCUCAUGUGGUCGCUGGGAAAAGUGUUCCGCACUCCAGAGGUCCUAAGGGUGUACAUCGGUUCCUUCUGGUCCUCACCGCUAAAGAUCAGCGACAACCGUCGACUUUUCCAGCAAGAAGAAGAAGACCUCUUUGCAGAUAUUCAAAACCUGCCCAGAAAUGCAGCCCUGCGUAAAUUGAAUGACCUGGUCAAGAGGGCACGGUUAGUCAGGGCACACGCUCAUGUCAUCAGUUACCUGAAGCAGGAGAUGCCACUAGUUUUCCACAGGGACAAUAAAAAAAGGGAUCUGAUCUACAAUCUCCCAGACAUUUUUACCAGAAUCCAACAGCUCCAUCAGAUCUCUCCUGGUGACUUCCCAGACUGUGCGAAAAUGCAGGAGCGGCUGAUGAGUCAGGAUUUUACCAAAUUUAAGAGUUUAAAGCCCAAACUGAUGGCCACUUUGGAUGAGCUUCUGUCCACUGACAUAGCUAUGCUCAUGCCCCUACUGCGCCAAGAGGAACUCGAGGCUGCCGAUCAGCCCGGUGUCCAAGGAGGCGCAUUUCUGGGAACUGGCAGAGGGCCCUUCUUUGAAGGCAACCCCUUUUUACAGAUAGGGCCAGACGAAGAAAACGGCGAUUUUCCUGACGAAGAGGACUGGGUGGUGAAGAAGGACAAAGCGAAAUACGACGAAAUCUUUUACAAUCUCUCUCCGAACGAAGGCAAACUGAGCGGCACUAAAGCGAAGGACUGGAUGGUUAGCACGCGUCUUCCGAACUCAGUCUUGGGUCGCAUAUGGAAACUGUCGGACGUGGACCGCGACGGAAUGCUGGACGACGAGGAAUUCGCUUUGGCAAGCCACCUCAUUGAAAUUAAACUGGAGGGCUUUGGGCUUCCUCCAGAACUACCUGCCCACCUCGUCCCACCCUCCAAACGACGACGGAAGAGCUCAAGCACCGACCCCUCUCAAACUGCUUAG